UGACGCAUAUUUCGCGCGAAGCUUGGUUCGGGAUGCCAAAUUGAAAGGGAAGAGGUUAGAAAUGAGUAAAAAAGAUAACGGCGCUUCUCUCAUCCUCUCCUAUCUGAAUGAGAAGAAUCGGCCCUACAGUGCUCAGGAUGUCUUCUGUAAUCUACAAAAGCAGCAUGGGUUGGGGAAAACGGCAGUUGUCAAGGCCAUGGAGCUGCUGGCACUGGAGGGCAAGAUAAAAGAGAAAACCUAUGGCAAACAGAAGAUUUACUUUGCCGACCAGGCCCAAUUCAAAGAUGUGAAUGAUGCAGACCUGAAGGCCAUGGACAGUCAGAUCUCAGAGCUCAGUGCAGAUGUGCAGUCCCUCACACAGACCUGCAGACAGCUAGAUACAGAGCUGAAGGAGCUCAACAGCUCCCUGACAACAGAGGAAAUUCAGUCAGAGAUCCAAGAGCUAAAAGUUGAGUGUUCUGGGUACAGAGCACGUCUGGAGAAGAUAAAAUCAGCAACAAAUCACGUCACGCCAGAGGAAAGAGAGAAGGUUUACAAAGAGCAGACCGUUUAUGUGAAAGAGUGGAAAAAGAGGAAGAGAAUGGCUUCGGACAUGAUGAACCAAAUCCUCGAAGGAUAUCCCAAGAGCAAGAAGGAAUUCCUUGAUGAAGCUGGAGUGGAGACUGAUGAGGACUGCAAAGUUGUUGUUCCAAGUGCCUGAAAGAAUCCAGAAUCAUCUGUUCAUCCACCUCCUCAAUGUAAGCCCAUCCAGUGUGUCACUAAAAACACGGGUCAUACAUUAAAGCAGUUUCAGCAUGUUCUUUAUUUACAUCCUGUCUGUUGAACAUAAAUAAAAGUUGGAUUUUCUUUUUUGUGUAUUAAUACAUUACAACAAAAAUAGCUCUGUAGUUGUAUAACUCUACAUUACAUCGUUGGUCAGCACUGAGGGAAACUCGCUACCUUAAAGGCAACUAUGUGUAUUCAUUCCCUUUAAAAAUGAUUCCUUUUCUGAAAAUAUCAGUGGAUUAUCCAUUAUAGUUUGAGGAAACUGUACAUUAUUUGUUGUUCUUAUCACAUGUUCAACCAGUCCUUACGUCAUUUCUUUUGAAACUGUAAAUAAAAGAAAAACACUGUAAAAAGAAUUAAAAAGUAUACAACAAUCAA